AUGCUACUUCCAUGCACAAAAGAACCUGAGGCUGGAGUGGAUCCGACUGGAGUUGGGGUUGGUGGCUCUCCAAUGGAGGGUCCUGGCGGCGGUGCAGGUGGCGAGUUCGUAGAUGGCCCUGGGCUUUCUGAGGCACCCACUGGGCUUGGACUUGAUGGGACUUCGGCCGGGGAAGCCGCCAUUGGAGGCGGCAUAACUGGGCUGCUGGCCUCAGCGGGCGGUGUCGCCUCCACGCUUGGCGGCAUAACUGGGCUGCUGGCCUCAGCGGGCGGUGUCGCCUCCAUGCUUGGCGGCAUAACUGGGGUGGUGGAAGGAGGAGUUUCUGUGGUCAUGGGCGUUGGUGCCAUCAUAGGCGGCGGUGUCAUCAUAGACAUUGGCGAUGGUGCCAUCAUAGUCAUCGGCGGCGGUGCCUUGGUGGUGGGCGUUGAAGGAGCGGAAUAUGUCGGUGCUGAGGAUGGCCCUUGA